AGCGUACAAGUGUCCAGUCCUGACUCUGAUAAUUUACUUACGUAGCCUUGUAACGCUGGUCCUACCUACAUCGCAUAAUGUAGACAAACUGUAUAGACAUGUUAAUGUGAAUCCUAGAAGCCCAAACAUAAGAGGAGUAACUGGCAUGCGCUUGGCUGACUGGGGAGUAAUAGAGAAGCGUCAUGCAGCGAGUGGUUCCUGCAGUCCGAUGGAAUCCAACAGCUAUUGAUGAGAAGAGAGUCUCUGAAGUCCUCGGUGCUGAGCAGAGUGGGCAUGAGGCCCUCGACCAGGCCGACUUUUACAGUCGGGCUGUUCAACCUUUCGUGGACCGUUGCCUGGGAGGAUGCUCCGGAAGCAUCCUCGCGUGCGGCGGCUGGGGCGCCGGCAAGUCGUACACGCUGGGCAGCUUGGACCCGCAGCAGCUGAGCUCGGUGGGACCUGAAGAGCCAGAGAGCGCAGGCGUCCUGAGCAGGUGCUUGCGUCAGCUGUAUGGCAAGCUAGGGCCCAACGCAGCGGUUGAGAUCACCUGCGUGGAGGUGCAAGGGGAGGAGGUAGCAGACCUUUUGGACGCGCGCGGCGGCUCCACUAGCAGCGGAGGCGGCGGCAGCAACAGCACUGGGCCCGGCUUCUCCACGCCACCAGCAACAGCACGCAGCCCUGCUGCUGGUGCUGCUGCUGCGGCGGCGGCGGUUGCGCGGCGCAAGUCUCAGACGAUGGUGGUAGCGCGCAGCCUGGCCGAGGCACUGUCAGCGUUGAAGCGCGCCGUGUCCUGUCGUCAGGCCUUCGUGACCUCCACCCGCCACAGCAGCAGCCGCACACACGCCGUCUUCCAGCUGCGGUGGCGCAACCCCUCGUCCGCCGCCACCCCUGCACCCGCACCCGUACCUGCGGCCGCAGCAGCGUCCAACCGUGCGGUUGCUGGUGCUGCUGGUGGUGCUGCUACUACCGUGUCACGGCUUCGGCCGUACAGCGCACCUACACGCUCCAGCGCCAGCACCAGCGCCCAGCCCGCACGGCCGGUUGGGGCUGCUGCUGCUGCUGCUGCUGCUGCUGCUGCUGCUGCUGGGGCUGCUGCUGUCGGCGGCGGUGGUGGCGGCCCCGUGUGCACCUUGACGCUGGUGGACACCUGCAGCUUCUGCCCACUGUUGCCGCCAAAGGAGGGUUCCGCGGUGCGUCGUAGCCUGUUAGCGCUCAGUCGCGUGCUGGCGGCGGCGCAGCGGCGGGAGGCGCUGGUGCUGCGGGAGAGCAAGCUGACGCGGCUGCUGGAGGGAGCGCUGGACCAGGUGCUGGUGCUGGCUUGCCUGGGUUGCAACGCGGACGAGGGCACCCUGCAGCUGGUCAAGCAGCUCCAACUGGGGGGAGCUCGCGAGGCGGGAACGCAACGCCGCUUAUGUCGCGCCAGCUCCUCCGACUCCCGCCUAGCCUGGGAUGACACCACCACCACGACGGCGACCGCGGCCACCACCACCGCCACCACCACCACCACCAGCGGCCGUUCCACUGCAUGUCCCCGCGACGUGCCCAGCAGGAGCACCAGCAGAAGCACGCACACGCCCCUCUCCGCACCCCCAUCAGGAAAGCGGCUGUCCGGGUUACACAGCCAUCAGGCGCUCGGCCGCUCACCUUUGUCCACCCAGCUCUCCAGAAAGCAGCAGGAACAGGCACAUCCAGCAGAUUCUUCCAGAGGAGGAGGAGGCUUUGCCUCUAGCAGCCGCUCCUCCCGCACCACUUCCGCCCUCACCACGCCCUCCUCCUCCUUCGCGCCUGCCUCCACUCGUCGUGCAGCGCCCACAACCCCCAGCAGCGCCCCCUCCGGCAUCCCUAGACGCCUCAGCAGCACACGUCCAUCUCCCCUGGUCAUCCACAACCCCAGCAGCAGCGUUGCGGAUCAGGCCUGCGCUGCCGGCACGGCCGCCACACCGGCCUCCGCACUACCGCCCGGCCACCCCCGCGGCAGCAGCGCCGGCGGCUACAGCCCCUCCUCCCUGCUGCCGCUUCCCUCCCUCUACAGCCCCUCGGCGCUUCCCGGCUCCCCGGUAGGCUCCAGCAGUCCCGGAGUGGGAGCAGCCGCCUCCUCGCCUCGGUCGUGCAUGGCACACAGCAACCUGGGGUUUGCGGGCCCGGGUGUGGCGGUGGCGGCGGCGGCGGCAGGGCACAGCAGGGGGGGGUGCAUGCAGCUUGGGGGGCUGCCCACGGUGUGUGAGCGACGGAGCCGCAGCCUGGGAGGCGUCAUGAGUGGUGGUGGGGGUGAGGGAGCGGGGGCGGGGGCGUCGGGCGGUCUUCUUCCUGUGAGCCCGCGUCAAAAGCCGGCAUCUGUGAGUGCUCGGGCGGCGGCGCCUAACUUUGAGCUGCGGAGGUCGCAGGGCUUCUCGGUCCUGUCCGGCAAAUGGGCUCCGCCUCCACCGCAGCCCCAGUCCACCCAAGGGCGAGGCAGCGGCGGUGGCGGCGGCGGCUUUCCCUUCGUGCCUGUCGUACUAUCGCCGAGCGAAUCCCCCACAGCUGCUGCCGCUGCAGCAGCCGCCGCUGCCGCAUCCUCUCCGCGAGGAACAACCCCCAACUCCCUAGCUGCGGCGGCGGCUACCGCUGUGGCGGGUGUGCACUCGCGGUCGCUGUCCUCUCGUAUCCCGCUGGGCCCCGCUGGCACGGCGAACUCAUCCGAGCGCGGAACGCGAGGAGUCGUCUCGCUCACCGCAGUGGCACAGCAACCAGGCCGCAGACCCUGCAUGCGUUACGAUGCCACGGCAGCAUCCUACGAUGAAGGCUCCUCCGCCUUUCCCUCGGAGGGCGGUGCGGCGAACAGCGGAACAACAGCAGCAGCAGCUGUGGCCGCACCCCUGACCGCACGCCUGAACGCUAUCAGAGACGCGGCAUCCGAUGGCGACACCGAAACAGAAGACGCUGACGCUGAUGCUGACCCUGGCGCCGAUACCGUCCUGACCACAACGGCUGCUGCUGCCGCCGCCGCCACGUCGUCCACGACGUCAAUGCCCCCCACCCCCACCACCAUCAUGCGGGGUGUGCGCGGCGGCUUGCGCUGCGCCUCUCCGAUGCUGCAGCUCCGGCGGGCGGAGCGGCUGGCGGAUAACAACCGCCGCUCCCGCAGUGCGAACAGCAGGCCGGCGGGCGAGGUGGUGGAGGGGGGCAGCAGCAGCAGCAGUGCCGCUGCUGCCGCCCUGUCGGCGCAGUACCGAGACCUGCUGCUGGACUUCCAGGCCUUCAAGGCAAGCGCCAAGGCACGUCUGCCGCGUCACGUGCGCAGUGGCAUCCCCUCCGUCCCAGCCACCCCCCAGCCGUCAUCAACACCCCGCUCUCCACCCACCCAAACCCCUGCGCCGGGGCCACCUACCACCACAGCACCCACCCCCGCACCCGUACCCUCCGACUCGCCGAUCCCCUGCGCCCUCCUCCUCCCAUCCCACACCGCCGCCUCCAGCCCCCGCAGCUCCCUUUCCACCGCCUACCGCGCAAGCCGCAUUCCCUCCCCACACACCCUGCCGCUCCCCACUCUUCCCACCCUCCCCACUCGCGGCACCCGUAGCCACCAGGUGGCAGCGGCAGGGGACACCUCCCUCAGUCUGACCGCAGCAGCCGCAGCAGCAGCAGCCGCCGCUGCCGCUACCAGCCCCGGCACCCCUUGCUGCGGAGGCGCCAGUAGCCCACUUGCAACCCGAUCUCGACCCGGCAUCAGUCUGGGUUCCGGAGCACAGCCCUCGCCAUGUCGCCCACGGCGCAGCACCCUGACAUCCCCUGAAGCGGCAGUUGCCUUCUCAACCGUUGUGCUGGAUAUGUGUCGGUUGUCAGUUGUUGCUGAUGAGCUGUCGUCUUCCUGUGUUGUCGUACGGCAGUCAAGUGAGGAUGCUGGCGUUGCGGAUCUUCACCCGAUUGCGAGUACGACGGCUUGGAUCCCCACUGAUACCUGCUCCGGAGGGGCCGGGCAGCAGGGUGGCAGAAGCAGCAGCCGCGGCGGCGGCGGCGGCUGCCUGGCGACAGCAGCUAGGGCUCAUGGGGAUGAAGAUGACGAUGACGAGGAGGAGGAGGAGGAUGAAGAAGAAGACGUGUUUGGGUCUCCCGGCCCCGGUCACCGCAUCAGCAACUUGCUAGGUCCCGACAACCUGAGUGAUCUGCACCUGCUGCUCAGCACGGGUCCUGCAGCUCUCAGGCAGUCCGGCUUGCUGCAUGCAUGCGGCGGGAAUGCUACUACUACUGCUACUAACACUGCUAUUGCUACUACCGCUGCUACUGCUACAUCCCAGUCCGAUCUGUCAGCUCGUCUGAGGUGCCUGGGAAGCCAGGGGGGAGCUGCAUCCAGUGCCGCGGUGGCAAUACCCAGGGGCAGGGAGGCUUCGGCCGUGAGGCGAGGCAGCCGGGCUGUAUCAGCGGUGGAACCAGCAGCGGCCCCAGCAGCAGCAGCAGUAGCUUGGGAGGAGGGAGCAGCAGCAGCAGCAGGGGCUGAGCAGGGGAGACUUGAGCGCGAGGACGUGGCCUCCUCUCCAGAGGAGCUCCCCGCGGUGUCAUUCUUCUUCACGCCGCUGUACCUGGAGGCUGGUAGCACAGGCGGCGCCGCGGCGGCUGCAUGCGGGGAGGGGCCGGAGGAGGGCACGGUCGCUGUGCGGGGUACGGCGCAACGUGGCGCGGAUGGCACGGCAGCUGCUUGUACCGCCCAGGAUGCACCGGUACCUUCAGCGCCAGCCGCUCCUGCUGCGGCUUCUGACAGCCUGGCAGCAGGGCGGCGCCGGACGGCAGGCGACGGCUCUCCAGCACUCUCUCCCCGUCUCUCAGAGGCUAACCCUCACAGCCCCAACCAUCCCCGCCCGCCCUCGACCCUCGACCAUGUCCUCCCCUCUUGUAACGAGAGGACAGCACAGCUGACACAACAGGCCCGCAACUCACCGGCAGCGCAGCAGCCCGAGCCCUCCCUACUUGCAACAACUCCCCCUCGUCGGCCGCCGCUGGGCCACCCCGACAGCGCUGGAGUCAGCACCAGCUGCAGCGGCAGCAGCGGUGGCGGUGGUGGUAAUCAUGACAUGCUGCAUGAUGACGUGCUACAUGGCGGCAGCUGCACCCCCGCUGCUGCUGUCACCCCGUUGCUGCUGCAGCGCCACCUCGCCUACCACCUCCAUGCAGACCACCACCACCACCACCACCUCCAGGACUCCCCCAUGGUGCUCCAGGACUCCCCCAUAUCCCACAUGGACGCGCGCGAUUGUGCCGGCCGCAUUUCUUACCCGCAGGAGCAGCAGCAGCAGCAGUCGGAUGCCCUGUUUGCCCCGGAUGCGCUAACCACGGCAGAAGAAGAAGGUGUCCGCGUUGCCAGGCUGCUGCAUGAGGGUUUUGAGUCGGCGGGCGGCGGGGAGCUCUCCACUGCGCUGCAGACCGCCGCACCCAGCACGCAGAGCAGCUACCACUCCUUUGCCGAUGAAGAUGAGGACGAGGGCCGGGACGGCGAGGAUGACGAUGCCGAUAUGGAUAGUGAGAGCGAUGCGUACUAUGACACCAUUGCAGGCGGCAGCAACAACAACAGCAGCGGCGGCGGCGGUGGAUUGGUGGAGCAAGUACCUGUGUCGAUAGCAACAGCAGCUGUAGCAGUAGCGGUAGCAGCACAGCGCCAGCAGGCUGAGGAGGAGGAGGAUUCGGCGGAGCAGCAGCAGCCUGUUGCUGCUGUUGCGGCGGCGGAGCCGUCGCCUCCCUCGCCUGCUGCUGCUGCUGUUGCGACGGCAGCAGCAGCGGCACCUGCACACAUGCUGCUGCUGGCGGCGCCGGUUCGACCGGACCACGCGGAGCUGGACGACCAGUCGUUCGUGCUGCUGGUGGGGUCGGACAGCGGGUCGGAUGACUCGGAUGAGUGGCCGGAGUCGCCGCGGGGGGAGUUCUCCCAGCCCUCCCUGGAGACCAUGGAGGAUGCAAUGGAGCUGCUGCAGCAGCAGCAGGAUGAGGAGGAGGGCGUCAUGAUGGGGGUGCAGCAGGAGGAGGAGGAGGAGGAGGAAAGGAUGUUGCCACAUCAGCAGCAGCAGGCGCAGCAGCAGCAGCAGUUCAUGGUUUCGGGGCUGCUGCAGCAGCAAGUGAAGCUGCCGCAAGGCGAACAGCACCUGACACCCCAGGCGGCAGAUACCCACGGCAGCGUGCAGGCCUCGCCUCGCCAUGGUUUGGCACGGACGUCCGUACGGGCCCGGGUUGCAGUCCUAGAGGCGUCAUCGCUGCCUUGCGACGCCCGCACGGCGUCAUGUGUGUCAUGUGACUUGAAACGCCGAAGGAGCUCCGGGGCUUCAGAUCCCAGCCCUGAGCGAUCUGAGCUGGGGCAGCAUCAGCACCUGCCUCAGCAGCACCCGCAGCAGGCUCAACAGCUGCACCCGCAGCAGCAGCAGCCUCAGCCACAGCAGCAAGUACGACGGUCGUCGUACCCCGGCAUUGUCGUACAAGACAUGCGGCUGACGAGCCGCCCCAGCGCUGGAUCCGAGGGAGGCCGGCCGUACACGGUGGACACGGGCACGAGUACAGGAGCUGCUAGGGCAGGCGUCGUCGGACGCGCCUGUAGCGCUGGUAACGCCUUGGAGCGGGCAGUGCUGCGGAACGCAGCAGCACUUUCUGGGAGGCCUCCCAUGGGGGCUACUACCACUACUACCGGUACUGCUCUUGGUGGUGCUGCUGCUGCCUCCUAUUCCGCACGCAAAAGCACCAGUCUGGGAGGCUCCAUGAGGGUAGCCACACCGCCGCACAUGCCGCCGCUGCCGCUGAAGCAUGCACCGAUACCGCCGCUGCCACUAAAGCAGCAGCAGCUGCAGCUGCAGCUGCUGCCCUCACCACAGCUACCACACGGACUAGGAGACCCCCAGCAGGUGUCGCCGCACACACAGACGCCUGCAGCAGCGCCCUUCGCAGCAGCAGCAGCAGCAGCAGCUCCUGUCCUUGUUCCUCGUUAUGGUGCAGGGGAGCAGCCGGCCUCCUCACAUGGCAGUGGCAGCAGCAGCAGCAGUUCCUCAGUUGGUACCUCCGCUGAAGCGGACGCUGUAGCUACUGCGAGAGUGGUGCCCAAGGGCGUGUCAACACUUGCAAUGGCACGUAAGCAGCUGGCAGCAGCAGCAGCAGGUGGGCUCGACGGCUCAGAGCAGGACAAGAACACCAGCAAGCUACAUGGAGGGACAGGAGGAGGAGCGGUGGCAACAGCAGAGGGUGGCGGGGCGGGGAAGCAGCCGAGUUCUGAGCUGUAUGUGUCACCGCGGCUGCGUUUGAGCUUCACGCAGCGGGCUAGCAUGGCGGAGGUGGUGGAGCUGGAUGAGGAGUUGAUGCCGCCGCCUCCGGCGUAUCCUCCCGGCUUUGUGAGCUGGGCUACGGAGGUGUUUGCGAGCGCGGGGGCGGCGGGGUUGCGCAGGUCUACGGAUGUGGGGUAGGGAUGCGUGUUUAGAGUCCGUGUAAGAGGAUUCGGGGCGCGUCUUAGCGGGGCUUGAAAGGGUCAUGGAGGCGAGUGGGUUGGAGAAUGGAGGGGGUUGGAGAGGCAGCAGAGACGGCGGCGGCGGCUUAGUUGUGUGUGACAGGUACUGUCGAAGCCACAAGCAGGGGCGUAUAGUAGAUUCGUAGUCCUGUGAGAGAGAGGACGACUUCUAUAGCUGGCUUUUACCAGAUGUGUUCAGUUUGACCUGUACAGCUUCUGUUUUUAUUUCAACCAGGUAUAGCAGCAGUUGGGCGGUGGAACGAAGAGAGUCGUGUACAAGUUGUUCGGGUGGCGUUCGGGAAACCCCGCUGAAAAGCGGCUAUAAAGGCUGUGACUGACUGCCUUGGCCCGUGUUUGGGGACUAGGAGAGGGAAUCCAUGCGUUAGCGUGCUGAAAGGGUAAUAACCUAAGAAAGACAUGAUGACAGGGUUUUGCAGAUGUGUUGAUGUGGCUCUUAUAUCACAGAUCUACCUGGAUCUGCUGACGACAUAACUGUUUUGCAUGUGGCCCCGGCGGCACGAGAUGCAGGAUCUGCGUCUUCCUGAACUUCACAUGUUCACAGAGACAAGGAUAGCAGCAAGGCAGAGAGAGCCAUUAUCGAGAUAUAAUGACUGAAGACCGGCGCUAGAGAUUGGUUGGUGCUGCUGCUUAGAGCAUGACUUGCCUAAUGGGCCGUGCGUGGCGACGCAUGAAGCGCACGGCCAUGGCGGACUUGUUUCAAUCUAGUCGACUUGUCGACUUGCUUUUGAGUAAAAUCCAGACAUGCAGACCUGCAAGAUGAUGUGUUUUUCUUACAUAGCUGCAUCCGCAGGAGUCCUCGUCGUUGCACCUGCGCAUGCCGGCACGCGUGUACGGUAGGUAGAGCACUGUAAAGGAGCGACGUUGCCUCAGUUGGUGAGGGG